AUGGCCCAAAGAGUCCUGUUCGACGCCUUUGGCAGUCGCCGCAACGACAACCGAAAGAGAGAAGCUUUGGACUUCAUCAACGGCUUGCUUGGCGGUAGCAGUGGCGACGUCGCCCACCGACGCCGGAGCAAAAACAACCGCAAUAAGCGCAAAGACCAGUCAGCCACAGAAGAGACCGACGAAGACAAAGUCAAACGACUCGAGGCCGAGGUCAGCCGCUUGAAAGCCGAAGCAGAGAAGCACACCAAGAAAGCGGAGGAGCUAAGAAAGUGUGCCGCGGAGAUUGAGAAUGGAGGAGAUGAUGCUAGCCGCUGCAGCAAUAUCAACAACAACCACAACAACAGCGCCCGCGCUGAUCACAGCCAAACCUGA